UAGAGGCUUAUCUAACUCAGUUGAUUAUGACUAUUUCACUGUUUGUCGUAAAUACAAUUUUGUAGACCCUAUUGCUGGCGUGCAUGUGCAUAGUCAGCACGUAGAAUCUUAUAAUAUGAGCUUAAGUGUAAAUAUAAGCAAGAAAUGGAGUAACUAG